AUGAGUGAGCUAGGAGAGGAAUUUGAGUCCAACUCGACGGAUGAUUUUGGAUAUAAAUCAUUAGGUGGAUCAAUCCAAUUAGUUCAAGACUAUGAAGAGAAAUUACCUUUCAAACAUAUAAACAAUUUAACUUAUUCCACCCAUAGAGGUAUCUUUGCAGCUGCUGGAUCUGACAAAGUUGUUUUGGGUUUAUUGAAAGAUUUGAAAACAGAUAUUGCAAGCUCAGAAGAAAGCUUUAAGACAAAUCGUCAUGAACUAAACAUCCCAAACGUUACUAGCAUUGGAUUCACAAGAGAUGAAAACAAUCUUAUAAUAUGUACUGGAUCAGAAUUAAGAAUUGCUCCAGUUCCGGAUUAUACCAAGCUAUCAACUACUGAUUUCAAAACAAUCACGUUAAAUGGAGAAAUUGAUUUCUUCACUGCAUCACCAACAAACCCUUCCAUAAUAGCAGUAUUGACCACUGAUUCUAGCUUGUGCAUUUUGAAUCUAGCAACCCAGUCACAAAGUAUUAUCUCAACUCAAGUGUUGAAUUUUAGUUGGUCCCCAAAGGGGAAACAAAUAGCUGUGGCCAAUUUGGAUGGUUCGAUAAAUCAAAUUACAUUAGCAGGCGAAAGAAAGGUCACCAUCCAACGUCCUGAAGAGCUAUCUGAAGAAAACUUACUUCCUUUAUCAAUUGUUUGGUUAUCAUCUUUCAAGUUCUUCGUCGUGUAUGGUGAAGUUCCACAAGAUGAAGAAGAAGAUCCAUCAUAUGAUUUCAAAACUUUUAUAAUUACUCAUGAUAAAAGUGCAGGAAAAGACAUUUUCCAAGAGAAUUUUGAUGCAAUUCCAGCAUUCGGUUCAGUUUUGAGAAAACCAACAGUUUAUUCAUCAACAUUCCAUAAUUUAUCAAAUGCGUUUCCUAUCCUCACAGUUACUGCUUCUUCUACAUCAGUGGAGAUUACAGGUAUAUCAGAAUCCGAAAUUAUUUUGCCAGAAUUAGAUCAAGCAAGAGCAGCUCUACCUAUUAAUGAUGACACUGGUAAUGAUAUCAACGCCAUUGGUUUAAUCACAGAUAUAAGCACCACUGGUAAAAUUGAAGAACCUUGUGUAGGUGUUUCAGAAGCUGAUUGGUUACCAAGUGUAUGGGUAUUGGGUAAUGAUGGUAAAAUACAAGGGUGGUAUGUCUUCCAUGUUCAUGAUCUGAAAAACGGUAGCUUAAAGCCUGAUGGAGUGGAGCAAUAUGAUGAUGAAUUAUACAAAGCUGCAUUAGGUGGAAAUGUCCCUGUGGAUUCACCAGCUAAAGCACCGAUAGCUCCAUCUGCUCAAGAAGAAAAGAAACCAUUUAUGUUUGGCCAAUCCAACGUUCAAACAGGAAAUAAACCAGUUUUUGGCGCAACGACAUCAACUGAUAAACCUCCAGCGUUUGGAUCUGCUGGAUUUGGCUCUAGUGGAUUUGGCUCAACAGAAAAUAAACCAGCAUUUGGCUCUUCAGGGUUUGGAUCAUCAGGUUUCGGGCAAAGCUCAACUAAUAAAGCUGCAUUUGGAUCAUCAGGAUUUGGACAAAGUAGUUUUAGUUCUGGAAAACCAGCAUUUGGGUCAAGUGGUUUCAAUCAAUCAACAACUGGAGAAUCACCAUUUUCUGCAUUUGGUAAACCAGAUGAUAAAAAGACUGAUUCUCCAUUUGCAUUUGGAUCAUCAGCACCAAAGACAGAAUCACCAUUUUCAGGAGUUGGUAAAAAAGAUGAGCAAAAAGUUGAUUCCCCAUUUGCAAGUCUUGGAUUAAACAAUGAAGGUAAAGAAGAUGAUAAAAAAUCUGACUCGCCAUUUGCAUUCGGAUCGUCAGCACCAAAGUCAGAUUCACCUUUUGCUAGUCUAGGAUUGAACAGUGAAACCAAAUCAGAGUCACCAUUUGGAGGACUUUCAAACAAUCAAACAAGUGCAUCAUUUGGAGCUUCUUCUGGUGAGACAAAAUCAGUUUUUGAUCAAUCCAAAGAAACUCCUGCAUCAUCAUUAAUUGGGGACGCAAAUAAAAAUAAUGAGAAUAAACCUAGUGCUCUCGCUUCCAUGACACAAGAUUUGGGUGGAACAUUAUUUGGUGCUGCUAAUGAACCUUCAAAAAUCAAAGUUCCAGGGCUAUCAGACGAUGAAGAUGAACAACCAAUCAUCACAAAAGAAGCAACUGCCCCAAUCGCAUUACAAUCACAACCACAACCUUCAGGGCCUACAAGCUUCGGUAAUGUUGCAUUUGGAAGUAAACCUUCUGGUUCUGGAUUUGGAUCUACUGGAUUUGGCUCAACAGGUGCUGCUGCCUCAUCAGGAUUUGGGUCUACAGGGUUUGGUAAUACAGGAUUCAAAUUUGGUCAACAACCUCAAAAGCCAAUUAACAAUGAACCUAAAGAAGAAAAGAAAGUUGAAGCUCCAAAACUUGGUGGGUUUGGCCAAUUUGCAAAUGAUAACAAGCUUUCAGCGUUGAGUAAGAACAAGAAUGUUUUCGAGGAUGCAGCCACUAAAAUAGAUGAUACUUUUAAAGGCACAGAAACAGCUAAAGAAGACACCAAACCACUAGAGAAACCAGCUACUGAUUCUUCAACUAAGCCAGAGAAAGAAGAACAAAAAGAAUCCAAACCGCUAGAUAAACCAGUUACUGCUCCUUCAGCCACACCAGAAAAAGAGAAACCAGAAAUAGAGAAAUCCAACCAAUCUACUCAAAAACCUGAAAGUGAAUCAGUGAAGGAAUCGAAUGUAUCUAAAAGCGAGGAGAAAAAAGAAGAUCCAAUUGAUGAUUUUGCCAAGUUUGAUGAAGAAGUUGAUAAAGAGUGGACUGACUCAGAUGAAGUUGAGACAGAUAAUGCAGCUGGAGAGGAAGAUGAAGAAAGUGAUCAAGAUGAAGAUGAAGGGGAAGCUCAAGAUGAUGAAGGUGACAAAAAUGAUACCACAGCAUUUGCUGAUUCAUCAUUUGAUCAAUCAGAGCUAAAUAAUACUUUACAAGAUGAGACUGAUGAAUUAGGGGAUGACUUCAAUAAAGAGUUGAUACUACAUGAAAAACCUCAAGAUCAAGCAACUGAACAACUAGGUGAACAGGUUGAUAAGAACUUGAACAUUGAUGAUAAAUCAUCGGAAAGUAAAGAAGAUAUUGGAUUUGAACAUGUCAAGGCUGAAGAUGGUAAAGAUAGCUCAUCAUUUGACUCUUUGAAUGACAUUGAAGAGGAAAACUUAUAUGAAGAAGUGAAGGGACAGAAUGUCAAAUAUGACGGUGCAGAUCGUGUUGAAAGAAAUAUUCAAGCUGAACCUAUUGAGAUGCAUGAUGCUGAAACUCAAACUUUUAUCCCAACAAGUGAUGUUGGUGUUUCUGCCAUUGUUGAACUUCAAGAUGUUUCUACUCAAACUGAAGUUGUUGAAACCAAAUCCAUUGCAUUGAAGACUUUUGAAGACGAUGAAGCCUAUUUCAGUUCAUUUUUCGUUCCACCAGAAGUUCCUGCUUAUCAACAUUUGGGACAAGUUAAGUAUCCAAAAUUGAGUUCAGACCCAAUUUUCAGUCAAUUGGAAAAGAUUUAUUAUGAUACUCAAGCAGAAAUUUCAAUUAUUGAAGAAAAUUGUCAAAAAAUUGGAGGAUUCAUUGAUGAACAUUUGAAAGAAGAACCAAUUCAUACGGAGAAAUCAAUAGCUAAUGCUCAUCAUUGGAGAUUAUCAGAAGCUGGUACUGUGAACAAGUUGAUUCAUGAGAAAGCUCAAGACUCUAUUGAAUUGAAAGAUCAACUUUGUUCACAACACUCCAAAUUUAAAACUGUUCAAGAUACGAUUUUAUCUUUUGAAAAACAAGCUUCAAGAAUGAGAGAAAAAAUAUUUGCAUUAGAAAAAUUAACAGAUAAGGCAAUUUUGAAUGCUCGUGAUUUACCAGUGGAAGUGUUGAUAUUACAAGAUAAGAUAAGAAAGAAGUAUUCCAAAGUCGCUGAUGAUUUAAGAACAUCUGAACAAAAAAUCAUGUCAUUAAAGACUGCAACCAAUAUCUUUUAUAAUGAUCCACCUACCCCAGCUGCUCUUCAUGCAGUUAUUAAUCAUAUCAAUUCGGUAACUAGAGAUUAUUCUAGAGAUACAAAGCAAUUAACAGAACAAAUUGCCAAGUUGAAUGUUAAUCAUACAAAGAUUCUUGAACAAUUGAAUGAAGGUAAAACCAAAUCAUUUAAAAAGAGUGAAUGGGAGAAUAGAAGUAUUACCAAGAUGAAAGUUGAAGAUUUGAGCAAGAGAUUGAAUGCUAAGCGUGCAAUUAAUGAAGCAUUGAGACAAAGAUCUGCUAGUUCAAUCACAGUCAACUUUAAAUGA